CCAUUCAUGAUAUACUGUUAACUAGAACAUGACUUUGUUCUGCUUCUCCCUGCUUCCUGUAGCCAACCAACAUUCUCUCUGUGUCACUCUGUUACACCAUACACCACAAGCUUUUAUUUUCCUUAGUGGCAUUUCAUGUGGCACUGAUGGGGUCAAUUUGUUUUUCGGUUCUCCUUUAUUCACAAUUUUUUAUUUCCUCAAAUAAGUUCACUAAACUUGUAAUACAUGAUUUCUCUUAUAUAAAACCAAGUCAAUGCUGCCAGAUUACUUUGAAACUGUGAGUACCCUGUUAGAAUGGCAUCUGGAGGUUGGUUAGCUGGAUGGCUGGUUUGUAAAGUGAUAACGACAACAUGGGUUCAAUUUCUGCACUGGCUGAGGUGACUGCGAAGGACUCUCUUUCUCAAACUCUCCCCUUACCUAAGGCAUGGUGACCCUUAGAUUAAACCACCACUAGUCACCUCUAUCUCAUAAGAGAGCAGGGCUGUAGUCCUCUGGGACUAGGCCAGGUUGACCUUUUUAUAACAUCUUUAAUAAUAGCUUUGAACAUUUCCCACGAACAGAUGUCAAGUUCACUAGCUGUAGUUUAACAGCUUGUAAUUUCUUACUUUCUGGUUGUCUUGCUUUUUGAAUCGUGGAGUUGUACUUGCUAUUUUACACCCUAAUGGGAUCUUCCCCAAAUCUAUGGAAUUUUGGAAAAUUAAAACCAUCACUAUCUCAAUAGCCACUUCCUUUCAGACCCAGGAAUUGGGAACUGGUCAACUACUAGCUCCAACAAUUUGUUUGGUCCCACAUUCCUGGUGGUUGUAAUUUUCUCCUCCCCACCCCCUAUAAUUUGUAGUUGAUCCUGUGAUACAACUUGGACCCUCUAUAGUCAAGACCAAUGUGAAAUAUUUGUUAAGUUCACCUGUCAUUUCUUAACUUUCUGUCCUCCUUCCCUUUCUGCACUUUCAGUUUAUGCAUUUUACUUUUUCUCCCUUCUUUCUCUGAACAGGAGAGUGAGAUGCGAGCGAAGGAAAUAUCUGUCCCCUGAGCCUCACUUUCUCCAGUUGUACAUGGUUACUUGCCCUUCCUUUAGAUUUUAGUUUCUGUGUGAACCAGCGGAUCUAUUCCCAGAAAUGCAACCUGCAAGGCCCAGUCAGCUCUCUGUAAACCUGUGUCGAAGGAUAUGUGAGUCUGGAGCCUCUACACCAGGGUCAAAGCUAAAUAUUUCCUCAAUGACAUCUCCCCAAUGCAGUGAGCUACAGCAGGAGGUCAUGGCAGAGGAGUUACUGAAAUUGAUGAACUUUGCAGCAUCAAAGAUUCAGGCCCUUUGGCGAGGUUACUGCACCCGGAAACAAGUCUGCAUAGAGCAGGGUGCAGCUAUCCUCCUCCAAUCUUUUUGGAGAGGCUACCAAGUCCGGAAGCUUCUGGAACCAGUUAGCAGACCUCUCCCCAUCCAUGUGAAACAGCCAGCCUUCUGGGUGCAAUGCCAAGAGCAGCAGCGGCUGCUAGAAGCUGGGCAGGUUCACAUCCAGAGUCGGCAUCACUGGCGGCCAGAGCCUGUCCAGCUGCACAUAGAGAAAAGCCCCGUGUGUACGAGCACGUUACAGCGAAAGAUCCGUGCUGCCACCACUAUCCAGGCGCACUGGAGAGGCUAUUUGGCACGGAGGGACCUAGCUAUUAAAAUUGGAGCCGCCGUCUACAUCCAAUCCUUUUUCAGGGGUUACCUGGUCAGGCGCAAUCUCAAAGCCAACUCCGAACCCACCAUAAUACCCCAGGAUGAGGAGGCUGAGAUGGUGGAUUAUAACAUGUCCUACACCCCAGGGUUUACAAAAUCACAUGCUGCCAUUCACAGCAGCCCCCACCGAAACUCCAGCUCCAUUCUACCUGCAUCAGGUUCAAGGAGGGUGUCAUCAACUGGAAGCAGGUCAACAGAGAACGCCUCGCGCCCGUACUCAAACAGAAAUUACUGUCCCUUCGGGAAGGGUGACACUGUACAAGGGACCAAACCCAGACGUUUCCUGAGUUGGUGCCCAGACUCUGGAGAGGAAAACUGCUUAAGGACAGUGUCAGCCAUUCAGAUGGACCAAGAUCCCAAGAUCAACAUGUUUGUUCCUGGCUUUCUGAUAGAAGGUGCUGGUGACACCACCUCAAUGAGUGGACACUACAACACCAUACAAACCCAAGCAGAGUUUAACAGCCCCAAAGAAAGGAGUUUGAACCAGAUGAAGUCCGAGAAAUGGCAGAAACACCAAAACAUGAUGAACCAGGAGAGAUCGUCAAACAUCCUGGGGAUUACAGCAGCAAGACCCAGGUACAGUUACAAGAGUUGGGAGAAGGUGGAGGGUGAAAGUGAGGUAAACAAGACAGUGUCCCAGUACCUGGUGAAAUGCACUCCCUGCACCUCCAACAAAGUUCGCAAGCUCAUCCGUUACACAGAGGAGCUUACCUCAGAGUCCUCUUCCAGUGACAGAUCCUCCAGCAAGCCUCCCAUCUCCAAGCAGGACUUCAAUCUUUCUGAACUGGAAACAUCCAGACAGCCUUCCCCCAGUCCAUCCAAAUCCUCAGGCCGGAAGACCCUGAAGCAGGUGAGGGAAGAGAAUGCUGCUGCUAGCACCAUCCAGGCAGUGUGGAAGGGUCUUUGUACCCGCAGGCUCCUCAGGCAACAAGUUGAUGCAGCUACAAAAAUCCAGGCCAUUUUCCGCAGUUACCGAAUCAGGAAAGAGUUUGAAAAUGAAGGGAUUUUCCCCUUGGUUUACACAAAGGAAUCAAACAAGCAUGUGAGGAAAAGCCCAGGGACCAGGCCUGAGGCAGGCUGUGAGAAACCUGGAGCGGAGACGACCAAUUCGCCCUUGGCUGAUCCUUGGGAUGUGGACAUUGGGUCAGAACUCAUUGACAGUAAAUCCGAAUCAUUCCGUCAGCCUUCUCAAAGACGGGAGACAGGCAGAAGGAAGCUACCAACUGUCAGCCUUAUCUCUCCUCCCUGUGUCCCAGAAACAGGAGUAAUCCCUGGCAGAGAGGGUGGGAAACCCAGCCACCCUCUGCAAAGGACCAUCCAAACCAGGAAGCGGCUCCAGGACGAAGUUAAAGCUGCCCGCACCAUCCAGGCAGUUUGGAGAGGAUACAAGGCCCGGUGUGAAAUUCAAAAGCAGAGAGAAGCGGCAGUGAAAAUUCAGGCUCUAUUCCGGGGAUUCCAGAUCAGGAGGUUACUGUGCAGCAUCGGGAGACAAGAGGAGGAUGAGGAUCAGAAUGGGAGCACAGAAGGUGCCAGCUGGGCACCCACUGGGGAUAGCCCGGACUACUUAUAUUUAAUGGCAGAAGCUGUGAGUGGACCUGAUGCCAGGGAGUCACCCAGCAACAGAGAGCAGAGAUCCCCACUGGAACUGUGCUGCCAUUAUAGCUCAGCUUGGAGAGGCCAGGCCAAACCAGAUGGAGCGGGCAUUUUUGUGAAGCGUAAUCCUUGCUAUAACCCCCGAAAGGUGACCAUACAUGUGAAAGCGGCAGGAGGAGACAUGAGCUGAAAUGACUAUCCAUCCCCAGCACUGUCCCAUUGCAAAAUCAACAAUGAAUGUGUAUUAACAGCUAGAGAUAAAAACAGGGAGAUGGGCGCCUGUUCCUUUAAUAAAAUGAAAGUCUUAAAAAUGCAGAA